GCAAGGGCACGGGCUGACAGUCGCUGUACAAGUGUCGUGAGGAAACAACUGCAUCCUGAGCACCAAAGAAUUCAAGCCCGGGGGGAGCGAAUGUUUUGAACCUUCUUGCACGGCGAGCGUAUCUGACGUGAUCUGAAGUGCUUGGGAACUAUUUACAGACAUUAAGCCAUCAAAUUAAGCGCCUCGUACGGUAUCCUGCCAGAAUCCUGUAACGCUCAAGUGGCCCUGUGAAGUGAAGUGUUUUAUUUUCCCCCACACAAGUGUGUCUUAGACUUGCUACCAAGGAAGCUCGCGGGGGGAUUUCUAGAAGACUCUCGAGUGAGAGAGAAGGAGAUAGAGCUCCAAAAGCGGAGACCACAUUUACGAAGCACAACACUUUGGCCGCGAUAUUGCAGUGUCGUACGUACGUUAUCAGUCGAGGAAACAACAUAAAAAUCAUAAUGACGUCGCUAGCGGUAAUGGAGCUGAACAACAACAACAACAACAACAAGAGCUGUGGCGAUGAGAACGGCCGGACCGAGGAGGGCGAAAAGUAUCUACGCGAGCUGACGAAAACCUUCACCGGCAUCGACAAACCGCUGAAGAACGCGCGCAAGUGUGAAACGUUGACCGAUCUGAUCGGGGAACUGCGCCGAACGUUCGACUCGGACCACGUCAACAUCGAGUACGUGAACCAUCUGAUGCUGAGCUACCAGUCGAACCCGGCCGAAUGGCGAAAGUUUGCCAAAUUUGACCGAUACCGUUACACAAGAAAUCUGGUCGAUGCCGGUAAUGGCAAGUACAACCUGAUGAUACUCUGCUGGAACGAAGGGCACGCUUCGGCCAUCCACGAUCAUGCCGAUUCGCACUGCUUCAUGAAGAUGCUGAAGGGACAGCUGAUGGAAACGCGGUACGCCUGGCCCAAAGAUGCGUCCGUAACGGAGGACAGUAAGGCGGACAUUGGGAACGGUCAGCCGGGGACUGGGCAGGAUGAGAUCGAGUACAACGGUGACGAGCUGGAGGAACUGUCCCGCAGCACGCUAGAGACGAACGGCGUUUGCUACAUUAACGAUACGCUGGGACUGCACCGCGUGGAGAACCCAAGCCACACGGAUGUGGCCGUCUCGCUGCAUCUGUACUGUCCACCGUUUGAUGUGUGUUCGAUCUUUAACAAACAGAACGGCAAACGUACCAAGUGCAAGGUUACGUUCUGGAGCAAGUUUGGCAAACGAGAAUCGGCGGUGAACUAGUCGGCCACGUGGCUCGUGAUUCGGGCCGGGUUGUAUCGACUGAUGAUCGCAAGUGAUAGUACGAACAUUGGAGCGGAUGUGCAGGACGGUUGCUUGCAUUUCUACUAGACGGUAAAUCCUCCAAGAGAGAAACUGAGAAACAAGAGGGCUGUAUUUCAAAAUAAGAUACGAUAAGUAAGAAAAAGAGAUUACUUUUAGCUGAUAAGCUGCCCUAAGCUUUGGGCACGAAAUGUUGUGUUUACGGAUGAAUAAAUGUGUGCAUACAGAAACGGUG